AUGAUUUUUGUUUUUUUAUUUAUCUUUUCUGAAUCAGUGAAAUUACGAUCAGCCGGGAAAUCAGAAAUAAAGAAGGCAUAUGGCGUCGAAACAGUUAAGUCGGAAGAAGAAUCUCUUGUUGAACAAUACGAUAUGAAAAUGUUAUUCUUCCAAAACGUCAAGAAUGCUAAGGAUGUUGCUCGCAAAAAUGAUAACAACCCACUUAAGAAACAAAAAUUUAUUUCUCCAAAGCAGCAGAAAAGGGAUAAAGAAAAAAUGGAAUUUUUAAAGCGAAAAAUAACGAUCACAAAAUCAGGUGCCGAAAGACCGAAGAUUGAAUCAAUGAAAUUAAAAAUCAGCAAACAAAAAAUUCCGAAAAUCGAAAUCGCUACGCCUAAACCGAUCGUUAUUACAAACAAAUGA